AUGGAGGCGAGGCGGAUCUCGGCGACCCCCCGGCCGUGCAACGGCCGGCGCGUGGUGGCGAGGAAGAGGCCGAGGCAGGAGGCGGUCAUCAGCAGCGUCAGGAAGCUGCAGCGCCGGGAGAUCAGCUCCCGCCGGGAGCGCUCCUUCGCCAUGAACUCCGCGCAGGAGCGCUUCCGCAACAUACAGCUGCAGGAGGAGUUUGACACUCAUGAUCCUAAGGAGAACAACGCGCUACUACCUUACAUUAGGAAGAGGUCAAAAAUUAUUGAGAUAGUUGCAGCACGUGAUAUAGUUUUUGCUUUAUCACAAUCUGGAGUAUGUGCUGCUUUUAGUAGAGUGACGAAUAAGAGAAUAUGCUUUCUAAAUGGGAGUCCAGAUGAAGUUGUUCGUAGUUUAUUCUACAACAAGAACAAUGAUUCACUCAUUACUGUGUCAGUAUAUGGUUCUGAAAAUUUUAGUGCCUUGCGAUGCAAGACAACUCGAAUUGAGUAUAUACGCCGCGGAACGCCAGAUGCUGGUUUCCCUCUUUUUGAGACAGAGUCCUUGAAAUGGCCUGGCUUCGUUGAGUUUGAUGAUGUCAAUGGAAAGGUUUUAACUUAUUCCGCUCAAGACAGCACUUACAAGGUUUUUGACUUGAAAAACUACACCCUACUGUAUUCCAUAUCUGACAAGAAUGUUCAAGAAAUAAAGAUCAGUCCUGGUAUAAUGCUUUUGAUUUAUACAAGAACAAGCAGCUCCAUUCCUCUGAAGAUUCUUAAUAUUGAGGAUGGCACAGUUUUGAAAUUCUUCAACCACCUCCUCCAUCGUAAUAAGAAGGUGGAUUUCAUUGAACAGUUUAAUGAAAAGCUGUUGGUCAAGCAGGAUGGAGAGAAUCUUCAAAUACUUGAUGUACGGAACUUCCAGUUGACUGAAGUGAGCAGUACUGAGUUCAUGACUCCAUCUGCCUUUAUCUUUCUGUAUGAACUCCAGUUGUUUUUGACAUUCCGGAAUCGAUCUGUAGCAGUUUGGAAUUUCCGAGGUGAACUAGUAACAUCAUUUGAGGAUCACCUGCUGUGGCACCCUGACUGCAAUACCAAUAACAUAUACAUAACCAGUGAUCAAGAUCUUAUUAUUUCUUACUGCAAGGCUGAUUCCACUGAUUCAUCUUCAGAAGAAAAUGCUGGCUCUAUAAACAUCAGCAACAUACUGACAGGGAAAUGCUUGGCUAAAAUAAAGGCUGGCAAUUUCAACGAGCAAAAGAAGACAUGGAAGUUCCAGAAUACAAUCACCGAGGCUCUUGAGGACAUCACAGCUCUGUACUAUGACGAAGAGCGUGAUGAGAUCUACACCGGCAACCGCCAUGGCCUUGUUCAUGUGUGGGCGAACUGA